AUGGAGGCGAGAGCGGGUUUAGUGGCGGGUUCUCACCACCGUGAUGAGCUGAUCGUCAUACGUUGCCAUGUAGACUCUGCUCUAUCUUCGUUAGAGCAAUUGAGUGGACGAACUUGUCGGAUAUGCAGCGAUGAGGUUGGGCUUACAGUGGAGGGAGAGUUGUUCGUGGCAUGCAACGAGUGUGCCUUCCCGAUUUGCAAGACUUGUUAUGAGUAUGAGCGUCGAGAAGGCAGCCAAGUUUGCCCCCAAUGUAAAACUCGCUUCAAACGUCUCAAAGGGUGUGCGAGAGUGGAUGGUGACGAAGAAGAAGACGACAUUGACGAUGUGGAGAACGAGCUCAACUUUGAAGGAGCCAUGCGGCAUAGAGGAGGUCAGGAAAGGUCGUUAUUGGAGUCCCAUUUGGCCCCUCAAGUUUCUCUCCUCACCGACGGGCAUAUGGCUGAUGAUGAUAUCCCCCAAGACCAACUUGCAUUGGUCCCUUCCUUGGCGGAGGCUGGUGAUGGAAGCAAAAGGAUUCACCCACUUCCUCUGCCAUAUCCUAGCCUUGCAGUGCAACCUCGACCCUUGGAUCCUUCCAAGGAUUUGGCUGCUUAUGGCUAUGGGAGCAUUGCUUGGAAGGAGAGAAUGAAAAAUUGGAAGCGCAGACAAGAAAAGCUACAGAUUACGAAUGAUAAAGAUCCUGGUAGUGAUAAUGAGGAUGGAAUGAAUCUACCAUUGACUGAUGCAAGACAACCAUUGUCAAGAAAGUUACCUGUUCCUUCAAGCCAAAUCAACCCUUAUAGAGUGAUCAUUAUCAUACGGCUUCUUGUUCUUGGGUUUUUCUUCCACUACCGAGUAACGCACCCAGUGAAAGAUGCUUAUGCCUUGUGGCUUAUAUCUGUGGUAUGUGAGCUUUGGUUUGCUCUUUCAUGGAUUCUAGAUCAAUUCCCAAAAUGGCUUCCAAUAGAUAGAGAAACUUACCUAGAUAGGCUAUCCUUGAGGUAUGAGAAAGCAGGCAAACCCUCUCAAUUAUCUGCGAUUGAUAUCUUUGUGAGCACAGUUGACCCGUUAAAGGAGCCUCCUUUGGUGACUGCAAAUACAGUUCUUUCCAUACUCGCAGUAGAUUACCCAGUUGAGAAGGUUUCAUGUUAUGUGUCCGAUGAUGGUGCUGCUAUGCUGACAUUUGAAGCAUUGUCAGAAACAUCCGAAUUUGCUAAGAGGUGGGUGCCUUUUUGCAAGAAAUUUAACACAGAGCCACGAGCACCAGAGUGGUAUUUUGGUCAGAAGAUAAAUUAUCUGAAAGACAAGGUAUCACCUUCAUUUGUGAAGGAGCGGAGAGCAAUGAAGAGAGAGUACGAGCUGUUCAAAGUUCGAAUAAAUGCUUUGGUUGCAAGGGCACGAAAGGUCCCCGAACGGGGCUGGACGAUGCAAGAUGGAACUCCAUGGGCUGGGAAUAAUGUUCGAGAUCAUCCUGGCAUGAUUCAGGUCUUUCUUGGCCAAGAUGAGGGGUAUGACAUACAUGGAAAUGAACUACCACACUUGGUAUAUGUUUCUAGAGAAAAGAUACCCGGAUUCAAUCACCACAAGAAGGCUGGGGCAAUGAACUCCUUGGUUAGAGUCUCUGCUGUGCUCACUAAUGCACCUUAUAUAUUAAACUUGGACUGCGAUCACUACAUCAAUAACAGCAAAGCUCUCAGGGAGGCUAUGUGUUUCAUGAUGGAUCCACUGUUGGCAAAGAAAGUGUGCUAUGUCCAGUUCCCACAGAGGUUUGAUGGCAUUGACAAGAAUGACCGAUAUGCCAACCGAAACACCAUAUUCUUCGAUAUUAACAUGAAGGGUUUGGAUGGCAUUCAAGGUCCCAUAUAUGUAGGGACAGGAUGUGUGUUCAAUCGGCAGGCACUCUAUGGUUAUGAUGCUCCUAAGACAAAGAAACCACACAAAUGCUUGCCAAAGAAGUGGCGUUGUGGAAGCUGUUUUCCAGAAAUGAAGAACGGGAAGAAGCCCAACAAAUCUGAGUCCCAGAUGAAGAAUAAGGAUAUGAGGGAUCAGGUUGAUGCAGAGUUAACAGCAUCACCAUUAAUGGACUGUGACGACAGAAUUGCUGGAAAAGGUGAUCAAAGUUUGGCUCUAACGCCGCAACACAAGUUACAGAAGAAAUUUGGUCAAUCUCCAAUAUUCGUGGCAUCGACAUUGCUCGAGAAUGGCGUCUCAGUCGAAGGUGCAAGCACUGCAGCGCUACUUCAAGAGGCCAUCCAUGUGAUCAGCUGUUGCUACGAAGAUAAAACAGAAUGGGGAAAGGAGGUUGGCUGGAUCUAUGGUUCAGUCACAGAAGACAUCUUGACAGGUUUUAAAAUGCAUUGUCGUGGAUGGCGAUCGAUCUAUUGCAUCCCGGCGAAGCCCGCAUUCAAGGGAUCUGCACCGAUCAAUCUCUCCGAUCGUCUUCACCAGGUGCUCCGAUGGGCGCUGGGUUCCAUCGAGAUCUUCCUGAGCAGGCACUGCCCUCUCUGGUAUGGAUAUGGAGGUGGCCUGAAAUGGCUGGAGCGUCUCUCUUACAUCAACGCCACGAUAUAUCCAUUGACCUCCAUUCCUCUCCUUGCAUAUUGCACUUUGCCCGCUCUGUGCUUGCUCACAGGCAAAUUCAUCAUUCCAGAGCUUAAUAACGUUGGGGGCUUGUGGUUUUUAUCGCUUUUCAUAUCUAUCUUCGCGACGAGCAUCUUGGAGAUGAGAUGGAGCGGAGUCGGCAUCGAUGAAUGGUGGAGAAACGAACAGUUCUGGGUGAUCGCCGGCGUUUCAGCUCAUCUGUUCGCUCUUUUCCAAGGACUCCUGAAGUUGUUUGCCGGAGUUGACACAAACUUCACGGUGACAUCGAAGAAAGGCAACGGCGACGGCGACGAGUUCCCGGAGCUAUACGAAAUGAAGUGGACGACGUUGCUGAUUCCUCCGACGACGCUGUUGAUAAUAAAUCUGGUCGGAGUGCUAGUUGGCAUCUCCGGGGCAAUGAACGACGGGUACAGGUCAUGGGGCCCGUUCUUCGGGAAGCUCUUGUUUGCCUUAUGGGUGAUACUGCAUCUGUACCCGUUCUUGAAAGGGUUGAUGGGUCGGCAGAAUAGGACCCCCACCAUUGUUGUUGUCUGGUCGAUCUUGCUUGCGUCCAUAUUUUCCUUGUUGUGGGUUCGGGUCGACCCAUUUUUGGCAAAGUCGGAUGACCCGUUUCUGGAGGAAUGUGGACUGGAGUGUGACUAGGCGGUAGAUACUUCUCUCUCUCUCUCUCUCUCUCUCUGCAAAAAAAGAUUAGAGCCUAACAAGAGCUCACUGUUUUGGGAAGAGGCUUAAUUAUGUGGUUAAAAGAGAUUAAUUCUUGUAUUAUUGCCUAUUAAACUGGGUUGUUAUUAACAUUUGUGGAUGAAUCAUAUACUUGAUUGUA